AUGAACUCAAGGAACUGUACGUUCGGCAGCGUAGAAGGUUACGAGUGGAAUCCGACAGCACAGUGGAUUUUCCAAAAUGUGAUUACCCUGCCAAAGGCGGUUGAUGCCAUUUGUAGCAUCCGACAUCAACCACUUGACCAAAAUGAUAUCCCUGAUUACCUAGCCCGAAGAGUUCAAAUGAAGCCGCGCGUAAAUUGCACUAUACAUGGGGACAUCUGCGGUUUUGUAGUGACAACCGCCAAGUCACGGGCCUUCCCUGCAGCCGUCAUAAAUGGAUAUAUUGCAUUGAACAACGCCGCCCACACAGUAGCAGUAAGACAUUGUGAGACCGACCACUUCCUGGCUGGAUAUCGAUUCUUCUCCUUCAGCAACACGCACGAGCAAGACUACUUCGUCCAGUACCUUGACACAAUCCUGGACAGCCACGUGAGCAUGUUUAAGAGAAACAGCGCGCUGUACUACGACUACCCGAUGCGAGGAGGCAUGGGAGAGGGCGUGAAACCGUUUGGUGCCUACGGACAAAUGCAGUACAUGGCGUCACCUGUAUCUACGAGAAUGCACAGAGGGCAGUUACGAAAGAAAACGCGUAAAAGCUCCCAACGGCCGGAGAUUGAGGAUCGUUAUGCUAUAGAUAGAUUACGACGAAUGGCACAUAUCAGAAACCUGCAAACAGAUGGGUACAUGUGA